AUGGGUGGCGGUGGAAAGAUUCCCUACCCCAAGCACGUCUGGUCGCCGGCCGGUGGUUGGUAUGCGCAGCCUGCCAACUGGAGGGGCAACACCCUGAUUGCUGGCGCCGUCAUCUUUGGCAUUGUCGCCGUCACCUGGAAGUUUGGCGCCGACCGCGAGAAAUGGGCGCACAAACCCCAACCCGGCGAGUGGUAUCCUAGCAGACGCUGGUCGAAGCAGUUGAUUCAGUGGGACAAGGAGGAGAAAGAGUCUGAGCAGAACAAGACGCAAUAA